AUGAAGCUGUCCUACAGCGGGUCAUCUCGCGCUGGCGGCAACCUGCGGGCGUUGAGCGCACAACUUCAGCGCGAGUCCACACGCCGAGCGGCCUGUGAAACGCCAGCCGUCCCUUGCGGUGCUUCCUUUUCACAGGGGACCACGGUUGACAGGGGCUCAUUUGCAGCUAGCUCACUUAAAGCUACGAUGCUGCGUACCCAAGACAUACCAGGCAAAGGGGUGGGAGUGAUUGCCACUCGACAGAUCUCUGUAGGGACUUUAGUCCUGUCUGAACGCCCGAUCAUUCAACUCGCAAGCUCCACAUACCAAGCAAACCUCGCACACCUUGUCCUAGCUCAGCUCCAGAAACUCGAUAGCCAUGACAGGGAAGGAUUCCUCGCCCUCCGCAAUACCCAUAAGCAGAUGCUUCCGAUCGAGGGCAUUUUCAAAACAAAUGCUAUACCUCUGGGACGUGGGUCAUCCGCUGGCGGUAUCUUCCUCCAAUGCUCCCGAUUCAAUCACAGCUGCACAGCAAACGCGGCUUAUCACUGGGACGCAAACCAAAAACGGGAGCGAGUGUUCGCGAUCCGCGAGAUUAAUCCCGAGGAGGAGAUUGUGGUGAGCUACCUGUCUGAGGACGUAUGGGCUCUACCGACAACGGAGAGGAAAGCGCGAAUAUUACAAGAGUUUGGCUUUCAAUGCCGCUGUGCACGAUGCGAGAACAACGAUCCCAACGAGCAGCUCCAAAGCGACCGAAGGAGGACGCGAUUUGGGGAAAUUUAUCGGACCAUUGGCGACGGAAUGCUCAUCAUGCUGAACCCGAGCAAAGCGCUAAAACUCUGCCGCGAAGCUCUCAAACUGUUGCAAGAAGAAGGGGAAUCGUCUCCCCGUUUCGAGACAAUUUACUACGACGCAUUCCAAGUAUGCAUCUGCCACGGUGAUGUGGCGCGCGCAAAAGUCUUUGCAUCUUUGGCGGUGGAUGCGAAACGUGUGUGGAAUGGAACUGACAGCUGUGAGCUGCCACAACAGGAGGAGUUGGCACGCAGGCCGGAAUCACAUCGUCUCGCAUUUCAAACGAAGAAAUGGUCUUCUGCGGGUAGCAGCAGCAGUAGCAGCAGCAAGAUUGCAGCAUCUCCAUACUCGGAUGAAUGGCUCUGGCGCCGAGCGGGCUGAGAGAGGGAAAAAGGAAGAGAAAACAAAGAAAUCUUGAAUGUAAAAAUGGUUUGUUUCUUUCUAACUCAGGUUACAGGUAAUUAUUCUCUUCCCAUCAUGUUCUCAAAAAAAAUCCCACCUCCCAGCAUCGACCGAUUUGCGAUUCCCACGAUAGAUCUCUUCUCCCCAAGAAAGAAAGAAAAGAAAGAAAGG